AUGGAUACGAAAAAGGCCAGAAGAAACGCGAAAAGUUCGCUAACACGUCGCAGUAAUAAUUUAUACAGCAUGAUUGAAAACAACCGGCCUGUUGAAGAGAUAACAGAAGCGCUAGAACUAGUAGAAAUAGACUAUAAAACUGUCGUAGAAAAGCAUGAGGCUUUAGUAGAAAAGGUCGAUGACGAAGAAUUUGAUAAGGAAGAAAAAUGGAUCGAAGAUUGCCGCGAGAAAACAUUAAUUUUGAAAUUCAGAGCGAAAGAUUAUAUUUUGAAAUCAAAACAGGAACAGGUCACCCAAGACACGUGCGCAGAAAAUGAUAUAGCUAAGAAAACAGAGGAAACCCAAGAAAAUAACGGAGAAAAUACCAGCACAGCUAUUAUAGAGAAUCAAAUACCAGAACAAAACACAGAUAGCAAUUCUCAAGAUGUAGAAAUUACCGAAGAAACAGAACAAACAGUUCAGGAAUUGACACCCCAACCGGCAGUACAGCAAAUGGAUAAUAAAGCAGAGAGUCCAACCAGUAACAAGGAAGUUAAAUCGUGUGCGUUCAAAGUUGAAAAGCCGAAAUUACCGAAGUUCAGUGGAGAUGUAAGAGACUACGUAAUAUUUCGGGGUGAUUUCAAGCAUGUGGUUGAAUCACAGUACAGCGACAGAGAUGCAAUAACAAUACUACGGGCAAGUCUUCAAGGAAAACCACUAGAACUGAUUAAGGGCAUAGGAUGUGAUUACAAAGCCGCAUGGGAGUAUCUCGACUCAAUUUAUGGAGAUCCACGAUUCAUAGCAGACACAAUUACACAAGACAUAUCCAA